AUCGCUCGCCCCGCUGCCUCUUCCUUCGAUUCCCAUUACAUAUUCCCUUCCCUUCCUGCUUUUCUCUCUUUUCCCCCUCCGCCGCUGCAGCCCACCACCAGACUACCCCACUGCUGCGCCUUUUUUGUCCUUUUGAAGCUGUCCCUUCCUGCUUGUUUCCAAUUGCUUCUUUCUCUCUUCCCCCGGAUUCUUCUUGAUCUUCCCUCCUCCCCAUACUUGGCUACUGGAUACUCCUUUAUCUACUCUUUCUUCCCCCUCUUCUUCCUCCCUUCCUCCUCCUACUACUACCCCGCAUAUUCUUACAAUCUACCCGGAUGACACAACCAAAGAAGACUAUCGCCGUUGUCAACGCCACCGGCCGGCAGGCCGCCUCCCUUAUCCGCGUUGCCUCCGCCGUUGGACACAAUGUGCGCGCUCAGAUCCAUUCCCUCAAGGGCCUCAUCGCAGAGGAGCUCAGAGAGCUACCCAACGUCACACUCUUCCAAGGCCCGUUGCUCGACAAUGUGCCCCUGAUGGACGAACUCUUCAAGGGCGCCAACCUCGCUUUCAUCAACACUACAUCACAAUCCGGCGACGAGGUCGCGAUCGGUCGUGCAUUGGCUGACGCUGCCAACCGCGCCGGCACUAUCCAGCAUUACAUCUACAGCAGUAUGCCUGACCACUCCGUCCAUGGGCCCUGGCCCCCUGUCCCUCUGUGGGCCCCCAAGUUCACCGUGGAAAACUACAUCCGCCAAUUGGGUCUCCCGGCCACCUUUGUCUAUGCGGGUAUCUACAACAACAACUUCACCAGUCUGCCCUACCCUCUCUUCCAGAUGGAGUAUAUGCCCGAUGGGAGCUUUGAGUGGCAUGCGCCGUUUGACCCGGAUACUCCCUUGCCUUGGUUGGAUGCCGAGCAUGACGUUGGGCCGGCGCUGCUUCAGAUCUUCAAGGAUGGUCCUAAGAAAUGGCACGGUCAUCGGAUUGCCCUCACAUUCGAAACCCUGUCGCCCACCCAGGUCUGCGCGGCUUUCUCUCGCGCCUUAAAUCGCCCCUGCAACUAUGUUCACGUGCCGAAGAUCGAGAUCAAGGUGAAUAUUCCUCCAGGUUAUCGGGAACAGCUGGAGGCCCUGGAGCUGGUCUUUGGACAAGGCAAUGCACCUUACUUUCCCCAACCCGAGUUCUCCCGUCCUGCAGCUGGUUCGCCAAAGGGGUUGGGCCCGGCAAAUGGCAAGGGUGCCGGCGCAGGAAUGAUGCAAGGUCCUGGAGGGGUCAUUUCGCUUCGAGUGACCGACGAAGCCCGGCAUUUGUGGCAGGGCUGGCGAGAUAUGGAGGAAUAUGCCCGUGAAGUCUUCCCAGUGGAAGAAGAAGCCAACGGAUUGGACUGGAUGCUAUGAACUGUCCACCAACUUUUUUGACUUCUAUUUUUUUUUUUUUUUUUUCCACCCUUUUUCCCCUUCCAGCUGUUGCGUCAGGUCGCACAGGACGGUCGGUGAGGGGGACCUUG